CGUGGCGGCGGGCGGCGCCGAGCGGCGCCAUUGGCCGGCGGCGGCAGUGAUGUCACCCAUAUGAGGCGCUGAUAACGCGCGAGGCGCGGAGCCGGGAGUUUCGCAGAACGGGCAGCGCGCGCAGGGCGGGCGGCGGCGCGAGGCCGGGGACGGGCACAGCGCGCGCCCAGCGCACCAGCCCAGCCGCGCCCGACCCGGCCCCACCGCCGGCGCUGCGGUGCGGGCGGCACAGCCACAGCGCCCGCCCGGCCCCCGCGCUCCGCCUCGCUGCGCGGCGCGCUGAGGAGCUCAGCAGGGGCAAGGUGCGGCGGUGGGAGGGGGCGGCGGCGGAGCGGCUUUGUUGGCUCGGAGGGGAGCGGCGCCUCGGCGAGAGCCCACCAUGGUGCAGCAGGCGGAGAGUGCGGAGGCGGAGAGCAACCUGCCCCGGGAAGCGAUGGACACCGAAGAGGGCGAGUUCAUGGCUUGCAGCCCCGUCGCUUUAGACGAGAGCGAUCCGGACUGGUGCAAAACGGCGUCGGGGCACAUAAAGAGACCGAUGAAUGCGUUCAUGGUGUGGUCCAAGAUCGAGAGGAGAAAAAUCAUGGAGCAGUCCCCGGACAUGCACAACGCGGAGAUCUCCAAGCGCCUGGGCAAGCGGUGGAAAAUGCUGAAGGACAGCGAGAAGAUCCCUUUCAUCCGGGAGGCGGAGAGGCUGCGGCUCAAGCACAUGGCUGAUUACCCCGACUACAAGUACCGUCCCAGGAAAAAGCCCAAAAUGGACCCGUCGGCCAAGCCCAACGCCAGCCAAAGUCCCGAGAAAAAUGCGCCCGCCAGCAGCGGCGGCAGCAAGAGCGCCAAGAGCUCCAGCAAGAAGUGCAGCAAGCUGAAAGCCUCCUCCGGCUCCUCGCCUCCCAAGCCGGGAGCCAAAACCGCCCACCACGGGGACUACGCGGGAGACGAGUACGUCUUCGGCACCCUGAAAGUGAGCAGUAAGACGGUCAAGUGCGUCUUCAUGGACGAGGAGGAGGAUGAGGAGGACGACGAGGACGAGCUGCAGCUGCGGAUCAAGCAGGAGGCGGAGGACGAGGACGAGGAUGAGGAGCCGGGGCCGCAGCAGCUGCGGCGGUACAACGUGGCCAAAGUGCCGGCCAGCCCCACCUUGAGCUCCUCGGCGGAGUCCACCGAGGGGGCCAGCCUGUACGAGGAGGUGCGGGGCGGCGCCGCGGCGGCGGGCGGCGGCAGCAGACUCUACUACAGCUUCAAGAACAUCACCAAGCAGGGCCCGCCGCCGCAGCAGCAGCCGCCCGGCCUCUCCCCGGCCUCCUCCCGGUCCAUCUCCACCUCGUCGGCCGGCAGCGAGGAGGCGGACGACCUGCUCUUCGACCUCAGCCUCAACUUCUCCCAGCACGGCCACGCCGCCGCCGAGCUGGGGGCGGGCGCCGCCGGCGGCAACCUCUCUCUCUCGCUGGUGGACAAGGACCUGGACUCCUUCAGCGAGGGCAGCCUUGGCUCCCACUUCGAAUUCCCCGACUACUGUACCCCGGAGCUGAGCGAGAUGAUCGCGGGCGACUGGCUGGAAGCGAACUUCUCCGACCUGGUGUUCACGUACUGAGCGGGGGCGGCGGCCAGGGCGGGCGGCGAGAGCGGCGGAGCUGGAGCGGCGCGACGCCGGCGGUGAUGAUGAUCAUGAUAAUGAUUAAAAAAAAAAAAGUCUUGUUU